GGGCGGUGCGCUGCGGGGCAUCAUGGCGCUUUGCGGUCGGCUGGCUUUGGCCGCGCUCAGGCUCUGGGGACCCGGAGCCAGUAGUCAUCCAUGGUGCCCAGCCAUCUGUGUGGUGUCCUCAGGUGGAUAUUGCCUCACAGGUGGAAGAAGGCCCAUUUCCCUGUCUGUGGGUGCUUCGGGAAUCUUUGGAAAUGGAGGCAACCGUGAGAAGACGUUUUCCCUGCAGGAUAUAGUUGAGCUGAUUCGGACCAGAGCCUGCAAGAGAGUGGUGGCCAUGGUGGGGGCUGGCAUCAGCACCCCCAGUGGCAUCCCAGACUUCAGAUCCCCGGGGAGUGGCCUCUACAGCAACCUCCAGCAGUAUGACAUCCCGUACCCGGAGGCCAUCUUUGAACUGGAAUUUUUCUUUCACAACCCCAAACCCUUUUUCACUUUGGCCAAGGAGCUGUACCCUGGGCACUACAGGCCCAAUAUCACACACUACUUCCUCCGACUGCUCCAUGACAAGGGCUUACUUUUGCGGCUCUACACACAGAAUAUCGAUGGUCUCGAGAGAGCAUCUGGCAUCCCUACUUCAAGGCUGGUUGAAGCACACGGGUCCUUUGCAACAGCCACCUGCACAGUCUGCCGGAGGUCCUUUCCAGGGGAGGACAUAUGGGCUGAUGUGAUGGCGGGCAGGGUGCCCUCCUGCCCCAUCUGCACUGGUGUCGUGAAGCCUGACAUCGUGUUCUUUGGGGAGCAGCUGCCCCAGAGGUUCUUCCUGCAUGUGGUUGAUUUCCCCCUGGCAGAUCUGCUGCUCAUUCUUGGGACUUCCCUCGAGGUGGAGCCUUUUGCCAGCUUGUCUGAGGCCGUGCCAAAAUCAGUGCCCCGACUGCUCAUCAAUCGGGACUUGGUCGGGCCCUUUGCUUGGUAUCCUCGCAGCCAGGAUGUAGCCCAGCUGGGAGACGUGGUUCACAGCGUGGAAAAGCUGGUGGAACUUCUUGGCUGGACACAAGAGAUGCAGGAGCUCAUCCAGCGGGAAACUGGGAAGAUGGACGGGACAGAUAGAAGGACUGUGGCUGCUUUACACGUGAGAAAGUCACGUAGGAGAGAGAUGCACAUCCCCUUCCAGAAAAACCCCAUGCCUGUACACAGCUUCUGGGCCAAAUGAGAACACGUGACCUGUGGCAAUACAGAUCUGUCUGCUCUACCCAGCUCUUCGCUGGAGCUCAUCAACACCUUUCUGGUGGUGGCCCUCAUAGAUUGAAACAGGCUAUCUGGAAGGCAGCCCCUGGUGAGACACUAGAGUCAUCUAGCAUGUUGGAUUCUGCAGUAGGGGUUUCAGUUAGAAAAUGUCUCCAUCUCUCGCAUGAAAUAAAUUUUAGUAUAAAAGUU